CUGAAAGUCAGCAGCGCCAUGGCGCCCGUCCAGCCGCCCGUCCAGCUGCCCGUCCAGCUGCCCGUCCAGCUGUGGUUCCAGCUGCUGCUCCUGCUGCUGGUCAGCCGGGCAGCCUCUGCACCCCCCCCCCGACACCUGCCUCCAUGUCAAGUGGUCCAGAUGGAUGUGAUCUGCAGAGACCUGAGUCUGAGGGGGGCACCGCUCAACCUCCCCCCUGAUGUCCAGAGGCUGGACCUGUCCCGUAACCAGGUUCAGAACCUCACCCAGGAAAGCCUGGGCUUCCACACCAGCUUCCAUCACCUGGAUCUUCAUGCCAACAAAAUCCUGUUCAUCCAGCCCGGACUCUUCAGGGACAUGUCUGAGCUGAGGGUGCUGGACCUGUCCAAGAACCAUCUCAAUGUUUUUGCCCUCUCCAAGCUUCACAUUGGACGUCUGACAGCCGUGGAGUCGUUAGAUCUUUCAAGCAACGGCCUGUACACGGGGAUGUCGGACUACUUCCUGUCUGACUCCCCCUCCCUGGCAAACCUUUCUCUGAACAGUAAUAGCAUCACAAAAAUAGCACACAACACUUUUAGUGGCUCCUUGUUCUUGAAGAAAAUCAGCCUCCACAAUAAUGUGAUCCUGGAGAUUGAGGAUGGAGCUUUUGACAUCUUACAUCAUUUGACUGAACUGGAUUUGUCCAAGAAUUCCAUCACCUGCAUCGAUGACUUCAAUCUGUACAACCUGAAAGUUCUCAAUCUCAACAGGAACAGCAUCGAGAUUUUCCAAAGCACACAGUCACAGAAUGUGUCUCAGCUUCGCUCUCUAGAUCUGAGCCAAAACAAGAUGCUUUACUUCCCUCAUAUUUCAGAGAACAACAUGCUUGAGUUCCUGAACAUUUCCAGAAAUCAGCUUCAGACCGUCAACGUCUCCGGGUCUCAGGGACAGCAGUCCAACCUGACCUUCAACCAUUUGAGAUAUCUGGACAUGAGUCACAACCAGCUCAGCAGCAUCCCAGAGCACCAGUUCUUCAAAUGCAUGACAUCGCUGGAGGUCCUGAAUGUGAGUCAUAACUGCAUCCGAUCCUUCUCCAUCACCCAUGAGGGCCUUCUGAGGACCGUGAGGGUCAUCAAUCUCAGCUACAACUCUCUGCAAAGUCUGGCUUUUGGGGCCGGCGCUCUGCGCUCGCUGAGGCGGCUCUACCUGCACGGAAACGCUCUCACAGCUCUGGACCCCCAGCUGUUCCAGAGACUCUCCAGCCUGCGGUACCUGCACCUGGAGCAGAACAGCGUGAGGGUCUGUGGCUCUGAGGAGCCUCAGUGCGGGCCGGGGCCCGUUCUGAGCGAGCAGGAGGCUCCUCCAGGCUGCGUCUGCUUCUCCAGGGCUCACAAGCUGCACUCUCUGUACCUCUCUGACAACAACCUGCUGACUUUGCCUGAAAAGGCCUUUGUGGACAGCCCUCUGAAGGUGCUGGACUUGUCCCUGAACCCGGGCCUGGACAUGCAUAAAGACUCCCUCUCUGGACUGGAGCAUUCCCUGGUUCACCUGCUCCUAAGUGAAAACAACAUUUCCUCCCUGACUGCUGACCUGUCCUCCCUGAGGAGCCUCAGGCACGUGGACCUGUCCACCAACCAGCUGAGGGCCUUACCAGAGUGGAGCGGCCAGUCCUCCAUCGAGUCCCUGAACCUGCAGAACAACAGCCUGGUCUCUCUGGACCGCCGCAGCCUGCUGGCUCUGGAGCGCUCCCUGAAGACGCUCUACAUGGGCUCCAACCCCCUGAGCUGCUGCCACAGCCUGGCCGCCCUGCACAUGGUGCAGCACUCGGGCGUGGUGGUGCCGGACAUCGAGGCGGUCACCUGCGUCCACCAGGAGCACCCGGAGCCCGUCAACAUCGAGAAGGUGACCCAGGACAUGUGUCACGGAGCGGGCGUCCCAAACUACGCGGUGGUGAUCGUCACGCUGCUGGUGCUGCUGAUUCUGCUGGGGCUCCUGCUCAAGUGUGUCCAUCUAAGGAGGAAAAGGCACAGCAGAAGCUUCACCGCGUAG